AUGGACGCUAAGAACCAUAAACUUAAUAGCUCUAAGCUUUUGGAUGUUCCUCUCAAUGUCUCAAACCCAAUGCUAUGCUUCAAAUGUGAUUACAAACGGAAGAUAAGAAUGAAUGAAGUCACCAUAAUGGACCUUCCAAGGGUUAUUAUGGUGGAAAUACUUUCAAGAUUGCCAAUCAAGUCCAUUUUCUGCUGUAAGACUGUUUGUAAACUGUGGUAUCAUCUUUUAACUUCUGACCCUUUAUUUCUUAAGUUGUAUCACACGUCUAACUUUCCCUGCAUUUUGUUCUCGGAUGAUGACUCUAUCACUUCCCUUCUUGAACUCAAAGCAGAUUAUGAUUAUAAGUCUCAACCCCUAAACAGACCCAUUGUGUUGAGCCCUAAGUUUCACCUCCCUCCACUGAAAUUGAAACCACAAGUGUUAAUUGGCUCAUGUAAUGGGUUCGUUUGUUUGUUGGAUGGUUCGACGUAUGAUGAAAAACAUUCGGUUUACAUUAAUAAUCCUCUUUUGGGUGAGUAUUUCAAACUUAAAUUGCCUGAAUGGGAGAAAAGUCUUCGUAAUGUUGCUUAUGGAUUUUGCUAUAGUGAAGCCUCUGGACAGUAUAAAGUAUUGAGAUUAGUAUUCAGAAAGCUUUUGGAUCAUCCUAUAAUAUCAGAAUUGGAGGUUUAUACUCUUGGAGUUGAUGAGAACUGGAGAAAUGUGGGCCAAGUUCCGUGCCCUGUAUGGUAUCAUUUUGGGAAGGUUUAUGUCAAUGGUGCUCUUCAUUGGCUGGCUGAUGAAAAAAAUGAAAGCAUUUACUCCUUCGAUAUUGGGACAGAAAAGCUAAAGUCCUUGCCACCUCCACCUUGUCUGAAAACUCAAUGGUGGUUGACGCUAGCAGAGUUGGGGAAUUGUCUAUUCUUGACUGAUAGUAAUAUUGACAGACAGUGUGUUGAUAUCUGGUGGAUGAAACAAUAUGGGAUUGCUGAAUCUUGGACUAAAGAUUGCAUUUUGAUGGAUUCUCUUCCGCCUGGUAUGGGUAGAUAUAGUUUAGAAAUGAUAUUAAUUUGGAAAGAUGGAGAAAUCUUGAUGCAAAAUGGCAGACGACUAGCUUCUUACAACCCAAAAGAAAAGAAGAGUAAGGAGGUCAAUGUUUACAAUAGUGGCACUGUAGCGACUAGGUAUAUUCCAAGUUUUCACUCACUCAAGACCGUCAUGGGGAACAACUUUCAAGUUUCAAAUGUUUAUUCGAAGACUCAGAUAAUUUAG